AUGGUCGUAAUCAACUGCGCUUACACUGAGCAAAUCAAUCCCGCCGGAGCCACUCCGGUCCUGACCCGCGACCAAGUCUGGAACGGCCUCCAGAGGAAGAUUCGCAAGGCGCAAGAUUUUGUUCCGAUUAUUACUGGAUGCGACGUGCUGGAAGAGAGUGAGAACGAAGUCACAAGGGAGGCACACUUCAAGGAGAGACCGGGAUACCCGGCGCAUAGCGUGAAGGAAGUUUGCAAGAGCUACUUUCCGACCAGGGUCGACUUCUGGCAACCGAAUGGUGCGCUGAUCACGAACACCGUGUCGUACGGGCCAUCGCUGGAGGAGGGGGAUAUGAAUAUGACGUAUACAUUUGAAUGGAGGCAUGAGGAUGUGAAGGAGGGUAGCGAAGAGCACAAGAAAGUCGCGAAGUACAGUAUCGAAGGUGCGAAGAUGGCUGUGCACAACUCGAUCGAGGCAAUGAGGAAGAUGGCUGGAGCUGGAGAGCUGGACUAG